GUUUGCUGCUUCCUCCUGCAAUAUUAGCUUCGUAAUUUGUGAUGAUUACUAAAGUAAACGAAUGCUCAACUUAAAACCAAUAAAAUAUUUUUUCUUAUCGGAACCUAAAGGAAAAGAGAGAGAAAAAUAAAGUUUCAUCUGUUGUACAACAGAUAGCAGCACUAACUAAAACAAUUUUUUACUUGUGUUUUUUAUUUACCAACUCUUCUAAUAUCUAGAAAACUUGCUAGUUUUUGUUUUGAAGAUUCUUGGACCUUUUAUUUUUCAUUUAUUUAUUUUAUUUUUUUAAUAAACAUAAUGAAAUGGCAGACCACGCAUUGGAAUUUAAAAAGAUAUAUGAUAUUCCAGAUUUAUCUUUUCUUGAAAAUAAAAUGCGUGAAAAAAUAUAUGAACUAGAAAGAAAAAGGAAACUUGUGGAUGAAUGUAGAGCUACUAUAACUAAACUUGAUGCAGACAAGCAUGAUCAAGCACAGCGUGCAGAAAAAGCAGAAAGAGAGCUCUCUGAAGUAAAAAUUCAUUUAGAAGUUGCAAUUAAGGCUGCAAGGGAAGCAGAAGCUGAACGUUCUUCUGCCAAAGAAAGGCUUGCAAGGCAAGGAGCUCAACUUGAAGCUGCUUCUAAAGAAAGAGAUCUUCUUCAGCAGCUUAACAGAAAUCAACAGUUAGAAAUAACAAAUCUCCAAAGAGAACUCGAAGAAUCCAAGGCCAAAAUGAAAUCCCAAUCUUAUAUAAUGGAUGCUAUUCAAAAGAAGGAUGCUCAAAUACGUACAACACUUGAAACUCUCAAAUGUGAAGUAUUAAAAUUAGAGAACAGCCAAGUUAAAUUAAAAGAAAUAUGUUCUAAAAUUACAAAUAUAAGCAAAGCAGUUCUAACCAUUUGGAAUCAAAGAAAUACUGAACUGUUAUGCUUAAGGACUGAAAAAUCAGAACUUGAAAACAGUGUGAUAUCAUUAAAAGUUAAGAUGAGAAGUUUCAUUGACGAUAAUUCAAAAUGUUUAGAAAAGGAGCCUAUCCACAGUGAUCAAAUCCUAGAGUGGGAAGUGGCACAACAAGAAAUGCAGAAUAGAAUCGAAGAUAAUAACAAAGAAAUAAGCUGCCUUCAGUCUUCUUUAGACUCAGCUUUAGCUACUGUGGCUAAAUACCAAGCUGUUGAUGUUGAAAAUUCUAAAAUUAUAAGAAGAUUGGAAGAAGAAUUGAAAAAGAGUUUGUUUGAUCAAAAGGAAAGCAAGAGUGUGCAAACAGAGGAAGAAAAGAAAAUUGAAAAAUUUAGUGCAAGACCACCCAUCUCCUGUUCAGAAAUUCAGUCCUCAGAAGUUGAUACCCAUGAAGAGAGUGUUACUAGUUCUUGAAAAAACUAAAUGUACUCACCUGUACUUUAAUUUAAAAAUAAUAACAUUUCGUAUAACAUAAUAACAUUUCUUCUUAUAAUUAAUAAAAAAAAUUUUCAAUUCUUCUGAUUUCUAAUUCCU